GACCCGGGAGGCGGGGCCUGUGGGACAAGAUGGAGAUAGUGGAGGUCCUGAGGCGCGGGCUGCAGCAGAUCCGUGGUCAUGGCGGCCUCCGCGGCUAUCUACGGGUAUUUUUCAGAGCAAAUGAUGUGAGGGUUGGUACAUUAGUGGGAGAAGACAAAUAUGGCAACAGAUACUAUGAAGACAACAAGCAAUUUUUUGGCCGUCACCGAUGGGUUAUAUACACUACCGAAAUGAAUGGCAAAAAUACAUUCUGGGAUGUGGAUGGAAGCAUGGUGCCACCUGAAUGGCAUCGUUGGCUUCACUGUAUGACGGAUGAUCCUCCAACAACAAAACCACCUACUGCUCGUAAAUUUAUUUGGACAAACCAUAAAUUCAACGUGUCUGGCACCCCAGAACAAUAUGUACCUUAUUCCACCACUAGAAAGAAGAUUCAGGAGUGGGUCCCACCUUCAACACCUUAUAAGUAAAAACAGAUUAAACAUGCAAAAUACGGGCUCUUCAUGUAAUUGCACUUUUACUGCUGACCAUUAACUUAAUAAAAGUUGUUUGACUAA